AUGGACCCUAAAGAGCAUGACUUUAAAUUUGGGGUGAAAGCAGUCGGUGUCGUGUGUCUGGACAGUCAGAGAAGAGUUAUGAUCCGGACUGGCGUGCCAUCAGACGGGUUUGGUGGUGAGGGAAGCGCGGAUCGAGAUCCUCCCGGCAGCAGGUGGAGCCGAGGUUGUUUUGGUUUGGAAGAUUACUGGUGCCAAUGUGUCGCCUGGAGCUCUGCAGGAACCACCAAGAGCCGCAAGGUGCACGUCCGCAUCGCAUUCUUGAGAAAGACGUUUGAGCAGGAACCCUUGGGGAAGGAGGUGUCACUCGAACAGGAAGUGCUGUUGCCGAUGCAGUGCCGCCCACCUGAGGGCAUACCACCUGCUGAGGUGGAAUGGCUGAAGAACGAAGAGAUUAUCGAUCCUGCAGACGAUCGGAAUUUCUACAUCACUAUCGAUCAUAACCUGAUCAUCAAACAGGCUCGGCUUUCUGACACUGCUAACUACACCUGUGUCGCUAAGAACAUCGUUGCUAAGAGACGAAGCACCACGGCUACAGUGAUUGUUUAUGUGAACGGCGGCUGGUCCACCUGGACAGAGUGGUCGACCUGCAGCAGUCAAUGUGGGCGGGGCCUUCAGAAGAGAACCCGGAGCUGCACCAAUCCCGCGCCUCUGAACGGGGGCUCGCCGUGUGACGGACAGGCCAUCCAAAAAAUCGCCUGCACCUCAGUUUGCACAGUUGACGGUGUGUGGGCUGACUGGAGCAAGUGGUCGGCGUGUAACACUGAGUGCACGCAGUGGAGGAAGAGAGAGUGUAAAGCUCCUGCGCCUCAGAAUGGAGGGAAGGACUGUGACGGAGUCACACUACAGUCACAGAACUGCACUGAUGGACUCUGCCUACAAAGUGAGUUAUAUCAGCUCUCAGUUCAGCCUAAAGGAACAGGAGAGAAGGGGUUUACAUCUGCGCCGGGUGGAGAUGAGGUGGCGCUGUAUGUGGGGAUCGUCAUGGCGGUGGUCAUGUGUCUGAUCGUCUCUUCUAUUGUGGCACUGCUCGUGUACCGCAGAACUCAUCGGCGUUUUCACUCUGACAUCAUUGACUCGUCUGUGCUGAACGGAGGAUUCCAGCCUGUCAGCAUCAAACAAGCACGCUCAGCGGAUUUGCUGGCCGCAACCCCUGAUCUGUCCACAGCGGCGGCGCUAUAUCGCGGUCCAGUAUAUGCCCUCCAUGACAUCUCAGACAAAAUCCCCAUGACCAGCUCCCCUCUGCUGGAGCCGCUGCCGCUUCCCAACCUCAAGAUCAAAGUCUACAACUCCUCUGGCACGGUGACACCUCAGGAGGACGUGACCUCUGACCUCUCUGCCACCCUGUCCCCCAAAGUCACACACUCUCUUCUGGACAGCAACACAAUGUCCCUGCGCAAUCAAACACUGGCACGCGCACGAGACCCCACGUGUACGGCAUUAGGGUCGUUUAAUUCCCUGGGAGGUCAUCUAAUCAUACCCAACUCAGGUGUGAGUUUGUUGGUUCCAGCUGGUGCGAUUCCUCAAGGUCGUGUCUAUGAGAUGUUUGUGACCAUACAAAGGACUGAGAGCAUGAGGCCAGCGGUCAGUGACGGGGAGGCCGUGCUCAGCACUGUGGUCAGCUGCGGUCCCCUCCCGUGGGUGGCCCUGUUGACCCGUCCCGUCAGUCUCACUCUCCACCACUGCGCACACGCCCACUCUGACGACUGGCAAAUCAUCCUCAAGAGCCACACGCAGCGUGACCAAUGGGAGGACGUGGUCGUGGUUGGAGAGGAGAACUUCACUACUUCCUGUUACGUUCAGCUGGGGGAGGAGGCGUGUCACAUCCUGACCGAGACUCUAGGAUCCUACUGUCUGAUUGGCCAGAGCGCCUGUCCGUCAGCGGCUAAACGUAUCAAACUGGCUGUGUUUGGUCCUGUAGUCACAGCAGGUCUAGAUUAUCACAUCAGAGUGUACUGCCUUGACGACACGCAGGACACGCUCAAAGAGGUGCUGCAGAUAGAAAAACAGAUCGGUGGGAAACUGCUGCAUGAACCAAAGUCUCUGAACUUCAGUUACAGCAACCACAACCUCAGACUGUCAAUACAUGACAUUCAGUCACAGUGGAAGAGCAAACUACUCACCAAAUACCAGGAGCUGUCUUUCUCUCAGGUGUGGAGUGGAUCGGUGCGUCGGCUGCAUUGCUCCUUUGCUCUGGAGCGUCAGAGCGUGAGCGUGUGUGAGCUGUGCUGUAAGCUGUGCGUCAGACAGGUGGAGGGAGAAGGUCAGAUCUUCCAGCUCUACACCACCCUGAGCGAGGACGUCCAGAGCAUCGACACGUCUCUGAUGGAUCCAGGCAGCAGUAUCACGGUUCUAACAGGUCCGAGUGCAUUCAGGAUCCCGGUCAGCAUCAGAAGCAAACUGUGCAGCAGCCUGGACAUCCCACACACACGCGGAAAUGACUGGAGAAUACUGGCACACAAACUCAACCUGGACAGGUAUCUGAACUACUUUGCGACUAAGACGAGUCCCACCGGAGUGAUUCUGGACCUGUGGGAAGCUCAACACUUCCCACACGGAAACCUCAACCAGCUCGCCACUGUCUUGGAGGAGAUGGGUCGUCAUGACAACAGCAUCGCCGCCAUGGCCAAAGAACAAUGACCUUCACUUUGGCGGUAAUAACGCUGCUUACGAUGAUGUCCAGCUUAAGUUGUGUUGCCACACGUUCAAAACAAUGAUCAAAAACCAAGACGCCGUGUGCAGCAUCUUAUUCAGUUUCCAUGGAAACAUGCGCCACUGCUGUCCAUGUACGUGGAUUCCGCCUAUUUGGGGUUAAAGGUGAAGCAGGAACAGGGUCGAGACACUUCAGGCUCGUACUAGACAACCAAAACACACCCAAACCCUCCUAGUUUGCACGCGCAGGGUCCCGACAGCUGAAAUCUCCCACUUUAUCAUCCUUUAGUCAUCAUUUUUACUGAAUUUUGUGGUGCCAUCUAGUGGUUGCAGAAACAACAAACCCUUCAUGUAAUAUAAUAUUUUGAGACAUGAAUACAGUAUUUAGUGUGAGUACCUUAAAGUGGCCUUUAAAAUCCAGUUACCAUUCAGAUCCAAUUUGAAUUGUAUUAUUUUUGUAAUGCAGGUAUCUGAAGACAUAAGUACAGUAAAUAUGUUUUUUUGUUGAACAAAAGUGCAUGUGAGCACUUGCCAGGGAUCGAAGAAUAAUAUCAAAGUUUUUUUUUUAUUUUUUUUUUUUUUUUUUCUUGAAUGCAAUGUUUCAUCACACUGUAAUAAUGAUGAUCUUUACUGGCCGGACUUUUGCACCAUCUGAUGAAUUCACUGUUCUGCAUGGGCUGUUUCUAUUGUGCAUCAUCAGUGUUUCAUGUCAACAUUUACACAUCUCGCUCUACUAGAUGCUUUAUUUUAACAAGAGUAAAUUUACCCCUCACAAAAACUUGCCAUAGUGACUACAGUUUCUGUCAAAAUGUGAUAGAUACUGCAGUUAUUGUUACUACUGGCAUAUUGCAAUGAAUUAAUAUAAUUCUAUAAAUCUUUAAUUAUUUUUUUUAAUGCCAGUGAAGUCUAAUAUCAAGUUAUUGCAGUAAGGUUAACAAUCACAGCUUUAAGGUUACCCUACAAUUUUUCUACCAAAGUAAGCAUUCUAUGGUUUAACGUUUGAAAACCAAGAAAUUAAGACAGACAUAAAUAUUGGUCAUUUUGUUUUUGUUAUGUAAAUUAUAAUUAUUAUUAUCAUUUUCAUUUUUUUUUUUUUUCAUUUUUUUUUUUUUUACAAUUUACAGUGAUGAUGUAUUAUUGCAAA